UUCUUCAAUCCAGUUAGGGUCGCUUGAGCGAGAGUCUCCUGGCUCUCUCCGCCUCCCGCUAUGGCCGUGGCCCUCGCGACUACAGACCUCCUCCCGGGCAGGAACCCAGCGCGUGCCUUGGGGAGGGGAGCCGGGUGGUUGGAGCCGCGGAGCACUGGAGAGGUCUUCUCUGCUGGUUGAAAUGUCUAUGGUUUUAUCCGCAUCAGUCAUUCGUGUCAGAGAUGGGUUGCCACUUUCUGCCUCUACUGAUUAUGAACAAGGCACAGGUGUGCAGGAGUGCAGGAAGUAUUUUAAAAUGCUCUCGAAGAAACUGGCUCAGCUUCCUGAUAGAUGUACACUGAAAACUGGACAUUAUAACAUUAAUUUUAUUAGCUCUCUGGGAGUGAGCUACAUGAUGUUGUGCACUGAAAAUUACCCAAAUGUUCUGGCCUUCUCUUUCCUGGAUGAGCUUCAGAAGGAGUUCAUUACUACUUAUAACAUGAGGAAGACAAAUACUGCUGUCAGACCAUACUGUUUCAUUGAAUUUGAUAACUUCAUUCAGAGGACCAGGCAACGAUAUAAUAAUCCCAGGUCUCUUUCAACAAAGAUAAAUCUGUCUGACAUGCAGAUGGAAAUCAAGCUGAGGCCCCCUUAUCAAAUUUCCAUGUGUGAACUGGGGUCAGCCAAUGGAGUCACAUCUGCAUUUUCUGUUGACUAUAAAGGUGCUGGUAAGAUUUCUUCUGCUCACCAGCGACUGGAACCAGCAACUUUGUCAGUGAUUGUGGCAUUUAUCCUCAGUCUUUUAUGUGGAGCUCUGAAUUUAAUUCGAGGUUUUCAUGCCAUAGAAAGUCUUUUGCAGAGUGAUGGUGAAGAUUUUAAUUACAUUGUUGCAUUUUUUCUUGGAACAGCAGCCUGCCUUUACCAGUGUUAUUUACUUGUCUACUACACCGGCUGGCGGAAUGUCAAAUCUUUUUUGACUUUUGGUUUGAUCUGUCUGUGCAACAUGUAUCUCUAUGAACUGCGCAACCUCUGGCAGCUUUUCUUUCACGUGACUGUGGGAGCGUUUGUUACACUACAGAUCUGGCUAAGGCAAGCCCAGGGCAAGGCUCCUGAUUAUGAUGUCUGACACCAUCCUUCAGACACAUUGCCUCGGCUUCUGGGGGAAAAGGAGGGGGCAUAUUUAACUGCCACUGUGAUGAAGAAACUGUUCACCACAAUUGAGAAGCUCUGCUUUCUUUUUCUCCAACUAUCCUUUUUGUUUCAAGUCAUCAUGGCAUGCCUGGGAGCAUGCAAUACCUAGUAGGCAAACUCUGCAUACUAGCCUUGAGAUGAUUAUUCAGAGGAGGAGAUUCUCUCUACAGGGCCCUGACAGUGGAAGAGCCAUCAGAUGCCCUUGGAAGAUUUGGCCAACAGUCCUGAAUCCUUCUGAAGAGUUCAAUCAAAACCUGUAUGUGGUACAUGCUCCGAGGACCAAGUGGGAACUCUACAACCCGGGUUCGCCUUUAUGAGACAUGAGCAUAGACCAAAUAAAAAGAGGUCACGAAGCUUAUAUUUAAAACAGCUUGCUAAGAAUCAGAUUAUUUGCACAUUUAUGGUACCAUGAGCUUAUGAAGUCUAGGAUGGUGUGGAAUUGGUUCUUUUCAUCUUAUAUUUUUGCUUGAAUCUUAAUUCUGGAAAUCACUUGAUGUAUGAGAAAGCUGUUAUGAGCUCAUCUCUAGAACAUCACAAGUAUUGAAAACACAGUGACAUAUGUUCCCUUUCUAGACCAUGUUUGUAGUUUCUUUUGAAAUCACUGUUUAACAAUGUGGUUUGUUAAAUUAUCGCCAUUGUUUCCCAAACCUCAAUCACUUAAAUAUUACAUAUAGUAUUAUUUCUUAAUAUUUAUCUUUAAAUUUUAAAAUAUUGUGAAAACAAACUAAUCUCUACUCCAGGAGGAACACCGGCAUCAAUUUACCAUGAAUAAAAGGUAACUACAAAAUAAAAUUAAAACAAAUGUUAUUAAAUUGUAGCUAGAUACUAAUGUCUGCUAAGACUCUGAAUCCAAGAAGCCUGCUCAGUGUUGCAGUGAGAGAGAUGUUACCCAGCACCAAAAUGGGACUAACUCUCUCUGUGGGAUUAUCAGAAGGAUGAAAGAAGACUGUAAAGGGAAUGACAUUCUCACUGUGAUGCUGCAUUCAUUAUUUUGUUCUGUGUUGUAUACCACCCACCUAAAGCCCUCCUGUGGGCUACCAGUGACAUGGGUCCUGCUCAGUGGAGACAUUGAACUUGUCUAAAAGAAUGAGAGGGUAUCUUCUCCCAGCAAUUCUUAUUAUUUUAUGGCUUUGAGGAGUUCAGCACCUAAUCUCUUAGAGAACUUGUUUGCUUUUUAAUAAUAAUAUAAAGAUUGUUCAAGCGGUUAUGAAUUAAUAACCUAGGAAGCACAGUUUAUUCCAUUAGCAAAAUCUACAACUCUCCUGUUUUUGGAAGUUACCUUCAUUAGUGAGUUUCUUUUGUUUUUAGAGAAAAGAUUCCAAACAAGGAAUACAUAAGGCAUUAACAUUUGACAUCCAGAAACCAGUGGGCCCAUUACAUAUAAUUCCUGUUACUGGGCCUAUUUGUUAAGCAGAAGAAAUAGUCUGGAAGGGUAAAGUCCUCGAACUACCAUGUCUUCUUGAACCUAUAUAUGUGGUAUGCCUGCAACCGUAAAAUCUUGCUAAACUAGAACUUUUUGCUGCCCUCCACUUUUAGGAGAAUGAGGCAAAAGGAAGACCAUAAGCCUAUAAUAUCAGGGAUUUAUUUGAAACAGGAAACUCCAGUUCACUUCAGUUUUCUGCCUCUGACAAAACUACACAGAAAUUCUAUAUAUUCUGAGAGCUGCCCCAAGAUAUACUGCAUGAUCCUGACUCAUCAAAAUAAACCUGAUUUAUGUUUGGCAUUUUUUUACUUACUGAGCCAGGAAAAUGAAGUGGUUCAGGGUAGAAAAAUUUUUCUGAACUAAUUGUUAAAACAAGAGGAGUUCUCUUGUAAAUAGCCAAUUAACCAAGAAGUUGGAGCAUUCUAGUUAAUUGUGAUUUUGCUGUAUAUUGAUACUUAUAGCUCUCUUACCAGUUUGGUUCAAUUUGGUUGUCCUUAAUAUUGAAUUAUUGGAUUACAGUGUUUGGUGUUUUGGAUCAUUCAGCAAGGACGCUUGAAAACUCACCAGCUGUUUUAUUUGUUUUUUGUUUUUGUUUUCUAUUUUUGGAUAAUGGGAUGUUUACAUCUUAAUGUAAAAAAUGAAACAGGUAUAAAUAAUGUUUUAUGUAUAGAAAUGCUUUUUUUCCCUGUUAUUUGGUAUCUGCAUUACUGAGUGUUUCUAUAACUUCUUUGCUCUAUCAUGUUGUUGCCAAAGAAACUAUGAACUUGGAAUGAAAAUUUUUGCCAUUGGUAUCAAGUUUUUAAGCUUAUUGGGCUUCUAAUGUGAUGAUAGUAAUACUGCACUUUAAUUUCCGAGAACAGUUCUGUGUUUACCUCAUCAAAAUGAGUGUUGUUCUGGAAGGAGAGAAUUAGUUGUCCUCUUGUUAUAAAGGAGGAAACUGAGGUAAUCAGAUGUUAAUGACUUAUCUCGGGUCACAGAGUUGAGCACAUACAACUUCUAAUCCCUUAGCCUUGUGGCCCUGCCUCCCCAGAGUCGGGACUCAUGGAAGUAACUAAGGUUGCACUCAGAAUAGAUUUGUUCUUGGUAAAAUCAGGGAAUUGAGGACUUAAUGAGCUCAGGCUUGCUAGUGUCAACUCUAGGUGUCUAUUAAGGUAACUCUGGAAUACUGCUUUUUUUUUUUUUAUUAAGGUGUCUUAAAAGUAAUUACAAUAUUUGCUUGCACUUUUGGUCUGUAUUUAUACCUAGCCUGUUUCCCAAAGACAGUUGAGACACCAUACCAAAAUAAGACAAAUACAGCAAUAGUAACUAUGAACAGAAAGGGAGAAGCACAAGAAUCAGUGAAAAUGGAAGGUGAACAUGUUGCUGUUGUUAAGUAUAAAAUUUGACUUUUGAACUUCCUGGAAAUCGUGGCUAGAAGGGUAACAAGUUUCUUGGUGCUCUAGCUCUGUCUGUAAGAGUCUACCAGUUCUUCAGGGAGGACUUCUUCCUGAGGGAUUCUGGUAAAAAGGUUCAUGCCUGUGAAAUGCUAAAAUGAACAAAAUCCUCAGUGGUUUUAGCUGCUUGCAUAUUAAUGAUUGUGCCUUGAUCCUCAACUUGUACUGUCUUUCAGAGGCUUUCAUUUAAGGAGUUUUGGUGUGGUUAAAAGAGGAUUUUGUUCACAUAAAGAAGAAUUCUCCUAAGCUAAAAAUAGCCUGGAGAAGUGGCAGGCCCUGUGUCCCUGCAAGAUCGUCAGCACCCAGCCAGAUCAGUGCGCUGGAUAGAAGUGCCUGUGGGCACAGAAGUGCCACAGCUUUUCUCCUUGAGGAUCAGAGCAGCUUCAGGAGAGGCAUCAGGUCCUUUCUCCCACUGCCUCCUGGGCUGGGGGUGAAGCACAGGAAUAUAAAGAGUGCACACCCUUGGAGGGAAUGAAGAGCUAGCACUGGUGUCGCCAGUCACUGCUGGGAUAGGCCGAGGAGACCGGAACCAAUUGGGGGAAACCACUGGAGGAACUCCGCACACACCGCGUUACUCAGGUUGGAAGCAAAAUUAACACCCAGCACUGCUGGCGGCCAAUAUGAAGGGGCAGAGGACUUGAGAACGCCACCAUGGAGAAAGCCAGCCCCCCCACAGGUGCAAGAGGGGCAAUGCAGAACCCAAAGGACAGAGCAGCAGAAGCGUGGACAGACUCAAGCUGGCAGUUUCAGGUCCACAAGCUUUGCUUCUCAGAGCCAUGUUCAAAUUGGGAACCACCCCUCCUUGCCUCGAGUCUGCUCGCCUCCACCUCGCAAUGUGUUCUGUUCCCCUCGAAGAGGCACUGUCCACCUAUGUAGGUGAGGAGGAGGGCUGCGGAGAAGACUGCAGCCCCCCCAGAGCCAGCACGCCCCUCUGUGGGGGAGGGGCCAUGGCCUCUGUCGGGGUGUUUAAAGGCUCACGUAGGGAAGCGGACCCCCGGGGCCGCUGGGUUCCCCUGGGCCAGAAUCGGGCCGCCAACCCACCCACCCGGCCGAGGCCUCCCCUUCAGCCCUGUCAUUGCACGCUGGGCUGCCGCACACACCGUAAGUACUCAGCAGCUCCCUUCCACCUGCGCAGCAGCACCCGUUAGAAAACUCGAGAUUCAGGUCGCGCCUAGCGGAGUCUUCUAAGGAGGAAACAUCUUUGGUCAGCUUGGUGCUCGCAGGACGCUGGCACCCUGGGGCCUGGGACAGAGGCUGCGGCCUGCCCACAAAGGCAGAAGCUGCUUCUGGAGUCAAAGUGGAGAAUCUCACUGACGCGGCCGCAUGGGCUAGAGCACAGGCUUCCACCUGCACCCCCCUACGGCACACAAAGAAGCCAUUGCCAUUUCUCUGGAGGCCAGGCUGCCUGGCAUCACCGGCUGGCAGCUGCUAACUGAGUGGGGGUCCACCGUUGAGGAAGUAGGUCAUCAUCUCGCCUUUCCCCUUGACCUUGACCACACCCCUGCACUCCAGCUGGUAGGUGUUGGCAGCCAGCACCUGGUACAUGUCCGUGGUGACCUGAGGAGAGAGGACAGUCAUUGUUUAGCCAAGCCGUGAUCUCUUGUCAGGCAGCCCCGGUCCCCGACACAGGAGGGUGGGCGGCACCUCCCUGGCAGGGGUUCUCAGGGACAGCUGCUCCCCCCUAGACUUGCCUGUUAGAAACCAGAAGGAUGACAACACCUACUCCGUGCCAGGGAGUGUGGCCUGUGGUCCCUGAACUGCCUGUCAUUGUCCACAGAAGCUGAGCAGACACUCUCAGGCUGCUCCAACACCAAGCACAGGACCAAUGUGUCUACCCAUGUCUCAUUCCAGGAAAGAUCAGAGAUGUUUCUGGAAAUUGGUUUUUCAUAUCACAGAGAGCCACUACUUAUCUCACUGAAUUUAUGAGCAGGUUCUUCCAGACUCAGCCUGAAGACAGCCUGAGACCUGCUUUACUCUGCAGCUCCCAUGAAAUGCCUGCCACCCAGACCACAGGGGGACCCGUUCCUACAGCACUGCUCCUGUGUCCUCACCCUCAUCAAUUCUGAGCUCCUACAAGUCCACCACCAGGACCACCCUCUUCAAGGAUCCAGUGACCUACCACAGCAUCCAACUGCCUGUCCUUAAUCAUCCUAUUCGUGGCAUUUUUCAGUCCAGUCAGACACCAUGUACCAGGAUUUGCCCUUCUCUUCUUCCUCAUUCCUGUUUUCUUUCAGGGGCACCACCGUUCUCAUUCUUAGUACCUAGCUCCUAACCCACAGUGCUUUCUCUGUCCAAGUGAUCCUCCCCCUGGGUGUCUGAGCCAGGGCAGAAAUGCCACCAUGACCCAGCUCCAGGAAGCAAGGCUGCCACCUUCCCAGUCCUAUGCGUGCCAACCCCAAUCACCCUGCCCCUCAGCCUGUGCUGGUUCCCCAUCUCACGUGUCCUCUGUCUUCUGCAGGCAAGAACCUUCCCAAACACACCUGGCUCAGCUGACACUGUCUAGACUUUUUUCGGCCGUGUCUCCAAGCCCCUGGCCACUCCCUCUCCUCUCUCACAUGCGGCCGCAUUAAAUCUCACUGUUGUGUUUAAAGUAGGACUGCAAAGAGUCAGAAACGUCAUCACUCCUCUCCAGUCCUGCCAAGGUCCUAUAGCUUUUUACCCAACCUGCUCCUCCCAGGCUGGAUUGGCCAGAAGCCAAGCUCACCAAUCUUCAUCUGGAAGUUGUUGAAGGAGUGCUCAUUGAUGUACUUCAUUUGGUCCAUGAGCUUCAUGGCAAAGUCAGCCAGGGCUUUGAUGUGGGUCUUGCCCACCUUGUCAUAAGUAGAGUCAUUGAGGCCUGAGGCAGCCAUGUAGGUGCUGCCAAUGGUCUUGAUCUUUUCCAGCUGUCUGAACCGAUCCUCACUGAUGAUCUGAAUGGAAGGAGGCCAAACCAGGUCACCACCAAGGCUGGGCCCUGAAGUCUAUGGGGAAGGGCAACAGCAUGGCCCCUCAUGUCCUCCCCUACUCACCCAUAUGUGAUCACCAUGAGCCACUAUCUGCCCUGCACCAAAAGCCCUGGGCCAGCUCCCUAGUCACCUUGGAGUCUCUUGCUCCCAAGAGGGGGCUGGUAGCCAUCUUCCCGCCGCGCCCCCCCCCAAUCCCUGGCUCUAUCCCCAUCCUUUCCAGGGAUACCACCUCAUCUUCGUCCAGAAAUACACCCUUCCUCUAUCUCCACGCCCUGCCUGAAGGGUACCCUCAUCCAUUUUAGCUAAUUCCAGCUCUGUUCUACCCUAGGAUCCUCAUGAGCUGUUUCUAGCACCACCCAGUCCCAGCUCCAUCCUCCUCCUCCCAGGGUCAAUAUGCCCUAUUGGGCACAGUAUCCCCAGCACCUGGCACACACUAGGUGCUUGGCGAUGGUGUAAUAAAUUAAGACACGUUUGUGUUUC